UUUCAUUUACGGAAUUGUAAAGGCUUUAUAAUGUUUUGAUAAUAAAUGUUCUCAUUUCAGAUAAUGUAUCUAAAUACUAUAUUAUUGAGCUUCAUGCUCAUGGUAUUAUCAAAAGCUGACUAUCCAUUAGAUAUUUAUAAUGAAUUCGAUGAAGUACCUCUAGGAUCAAUAAGUACUAGAAAUGAACAACGGGUAUACAGAUUACCAGAAAAUGUAAAACCUUUAGAUUACGACAUUUAUAUAGAUUUGUUCUUUAAAGAAAAUACCGACAAGCCGUUUAGUUAUGAAGGGAGAGAAAAUAUUCUUAUUCAGGUGUUAGAAGAAAAUGUUAGUGAGAUCGUUUUACAUGCCAAUGUCGAUAGCAUUAAUGAUGUUACUUUGCGGACAGUAAGUGGCGCUGAAUCUGGAUCGGAAGUACCAAUAAAUAGAUACUACACAGAACCGCAGUACCAUUUCUUGAAAAUCGACCUCAACAAUACUUUGAGUGUAAAUGACAAUUAUACUUUGUUCAUAAGUUAUUCCAGCACCAUGAACGAAGGUCCUCUAAAAAGGGGAAUAUGGAGAGGCUGGUACGUCGACGCUGACGGUGUUGAAAGAAUUUACGCUACAACUCAUUUCCAGCCAUAUAAUGCUCGACAAGCAUUCCCCUGUUGGGAUGAGCCACUGUUUAAAGCUAUAUUUACAUUGCAUCUUUCGAGACCAUUUAAUUAUUCCAGCACUUUUUCCAAUACAGCUAUUAUAUCAUCAGAACCGAUUGAAGGGGAUCGAAUUGUAGACCAUUUCUACCCGAGUCCUGUAAUGUCUUCAUAUCUCGUAACCUUUUUAGUAAGCGAGACUUUCAAAGUAAUUGCUGAAGAUACAAGUUUUAACCCACCAAUUAGGAUUAUAGGUAGAUCAAACACUGCUGGACUAGGUGGCCCAGCUUUGGAACUGGCAGUUAAGCUGACGAAACACUUUGAUGAAUAUUUUGGUAUACCAUAUUCGAGUUUACAUCCAUACCUUCUAAAUGAUCAUAUAGCUUCUCCAGAUUGGGCUUCUGCAGGGACGGAAAACUGGGGGAUGAUUAGUUACAGGGAAUUGUAUUUAAUUAUCGAUAGUCAAGUAACAAUUAUGUCGGUGGAACAUUAUUCAGCCACUCUGGUUUCCCAUGAACUGGCACAUAAGUGGUUUGGAAAUCUAAUCACUUGCUACUGGUGGAGUAACACUUGGAUCAACGAAGGUUAUGCCAGUUACUUUGGAUACAUGGCUACUCAUCAGGUGUUCCCGCAAUAUGAAUUACAUGAACACUUCAAUUCUCGUUACCUUCAGACUUCUUUAUCAUUUGAUUCGGGUACUGGCACUGUACCAUUGAAUCAUGACGUUAAUACGCCUGCCCAAGUUACUGGCCACUUCGGAACUAUUAGUUACUCUAAAGCAGCUGCCUUUUUAAGAAUGACAGCUAAUAUGAUAUCGCCGGAAACCUUUAGAAAAUCUUGUCAAUACUUCUUGAGAAACAAUCCUUAUCAAGCUACAGAUCAAUAUGACUUGUUCAAAGCAUUUAAUGAUGCUGUAACAGAAGACGGGACUUUAUCAGAUUAUCUUCAUUUCAAUUUCACUCAGUAUUAUGAUAUUUGGGUAAAUCAACCGGGCUACCCUAUUUUAAUCGUCAAUGUGGACCAUUCAACUGGUGAAAUGGCGCUACGACAAGAACGCUUCUUCUUAAGUGCAUCAGCUGAAUCCACUGGCCAAGUUUAUCCAAUACCCAUAACUUACUCUACCAGAAGAAACAAAAUUUUUGAACAACUGAAACCGUCUGAUAUGAUGAGCACCGAGCAAAUGGUGUUACAAAAGGCCAGUGGUGAAGAGUGGGUUAUUUUCAACCACCAGCAACAGGCACAUUAUAGAGUAACAUACGAUGAUAAAACAUGGAGUUUAAUAGCAGAGGCUUUGGAAAAUGACCGAGAUUCUAUACAUCAUCUGAACAGAGCCCAAGUAGUCGAUGAUGUGUUUGCUCUUAUGAGAUCAGGCAGAAUGAGUUAUGAUCAAGGUUUUAGCAUUCUUCGAUUUCUCCGCAACGAAGACAACUACCAUGUUUGGAAUCCUGCUAUAUCUGGAUUCACUUGGCUUAGAAAUAGAUUAAGACAUUUGCCUGACAGUCAAGCAGAGUUCGAUUCUAUUAUUCUUAGCUACAUGGAGCACGUGAUCAAUGUCGUCGGAUACGAACCGUCAUCAACAGAGACCCCUACUGUGAGCAUGUUGCGACAGGAAGUUUUGCAGUUUGCCUGUAAUCUUUUCCAUAUGAAGUGCAUUGAGGAAUCUACACGGAGAUUCAUGGAUAUGCGUGUUAAUUCUACUGUUGUGGAUCGCCGUAUUCGACGUAACGUAUAUAUGAACGGCAUCAGACAAGGUGAAUCAGAAGAUUUUGAUUUUCUCCUUGAUCUAUUCUAUAAAUCUAAUAUCGCUAAUGACCGAUUGGAAAUGUUGAGAGCCUUAGGAGCCACCAAAAAUCCAACACUGCUGACAAGAUACCUUGAAUUAACACUUACUCGAAAUGUGAGGUCCCAUGACAAACUGAACUCGUUUAACUAUGCUCUUCUUGGUCACGAAGAUAAUGCUAAUACCGUUCUAGAAUUCGUUAAAGAGAAUAUAGAUGAUAUAAGGAUACAAUAUGUUGAAGAUUCUCCACCAAAUCCUGUACACUCUGCUUUGUCCAAUCUUGCUUCAUAUUUGAAUGAACCAGGUCUAGCCGAUUAUGAAAAUUGGCUUCGCAGUACGCAGUCUGAUACUGCCCAGUUCAGUAGUGCACUUGCAUCUAUUAACUCAGCUCGUGCCAACAUCGCUUGGGGUACUGCUAAUGCUGAUAUCAUAUUGUCUGCAGCAAGAGGU